GGGGAAUUAGUCGGGGGGCUCGAACUCAGCUCCACUCGCUAGAAUUGCGUUGAUUAAAUUUAGUUGUCUGGAAUCGGUCAGUGAGUUGCUCAGUGAAAAUGGCUUUCCGUACUUUAGUGUUUUCGCCAGUAUUCAAACAAAACAUCCAAAUAAUUAACUUUGCAAGAUGCAUGUCCACGGCUGGAGGCAAGAAUAUCGGAUUUAUUGGUCUUGGAAACAUGGGCGCUCAUAUGGUGUCAAAUUUGAUGAAUAAGGGUCACACUCUCCAUGUCUACGAUAUUUCCGAGGAAGCUUGCCGCAACAUGGAGAAGAAAGGAGCUAAAGUUUACAGCGACACCGUCAAGCUUGCAAGCCAAUCCGAAUUCGUUGUAACGAUGUUGCCAAACAAUGACAUCGUCUCCGAUACCUACCACAAAAUGGUUCAAGAUGGUGUUCGCAAGGAUACCAUUUUCAUCGACUCCAGCACCAUCGAUCCAAAUGUGGUUAAAUCAGUUCAAAAGUACAUCAAAUCAAAGGGCGCACGUUUCGUUGAUGCCCCUGUCUCAGGUGGUGUACCCGGCGCCGAGGCUGCCACACUCACCUUCAUGGUUGGUGGAACAACUGAAGAGUACAAUGCCGUCAAAGGAAUCUUGGAGUGCAUGGGAAAGCGAAUUGUUCACUGCGGUGACUACGGCAUGGGCCAAGCCGCUAAGCUUUGCAACAACAUGAUGCUUGGUAUCUCUAUGAUUGGUACAGCAGAAACAAUGAAUUUGGCAAUCAGGCUUGGAUUGAAUCCAAAAACCUUCAUGGAAAUCUUAAACUCGUCGACAGGCAGAUGCUGGUCAUCUGAAGCCUAUAACCCAGUUCCCGGCCUUGUUCCAACAGCUCCAGCUAACAAAGACUAUGCCGGUGGUUUCUCAACUGCAUUGAUCACAAAGGAUCUUGGAUUGGCAUCUGGAGUGGCAACAGCAUCUAACACCCCCAUCGCACUCGGUGGCAUGGCACAUCAAAUCUACCGCACUCUUAAUUCCAAAGGAUUGGGAAACAAGGAUUUCUCAAUUAUUUAUGAUUUCUUGAAAAACGAAAAGAACUAAAAUGACACGGUUUUGGGAAGCGAACUCCAGAUUGUGCAUUUAUUUUUUUUAUAUGUAUAUACUUAUGACCAGGCAAUGCAUUUA